UCGUAAAGCGCCAAUGUUAUUGCCGGAAAUUGGACCGGUCGUCCUCUGAGCUGAGCUUUCAGUCGUCCUUCAACAGAGAAAGAGAGCUCUUCUCAGUCGAAACAGACACCAGCCCCACGUUAAACCAUGGCCGGGGUUAUUGCACGGAAAGCUAUUGACCACGUGAAGAGCAAAGAUUUCAGGGACUACUUGAUGAGCACGCAUUUCUGGGGUCCUAUUGCAAACUGGGGCCUUCCUAUUGCCGCCAUCGCAGAUAUGAAGAAGAGCCCUGAGAUAAUCAGCGGCAGAAUGACCUUCGCUCUGUCCUGCUAUUCACUGCUCUUCAUGAGGUUCGCCUACAAGGUGCAGCCACGCAACUGGCUACUGUUCGCCUGCCAUUUGACCAAUGAGUCUGCACAGCUAAUCCAGGGAAGUCGUCUUGUGAAAUACAACAUGGAUAAGAAGAAAGCAUCUUAGUGGCUCCACGAUGCCUCAACAGCCGCCUAAACCUGGACAUUAAAACUAAUGCAAUUAAACGUCUUGUCUAAUCAUUGAAAGUAAGGCACUUGCACUAUUUUUACCCUGAUGUUACCAUGUUUUAGUCACCUUUUAUUACACAGAAAAAAAUCAUGUCAACUGCUGAUUUUUAGAUUUUCUUUUUUCUCCAAAAUUCAACACAAACAUAUAUAAUGUGGGUGAACGCACACUCAGCUAACCAGCCUGACUGUUAGCUGCCUUGCAUACAGGCUGUUACGCUCAUUUUAGGUCAUCGGUAUUAACAUUUUUAUUGCUGUUUUACCUGCUAUGUCAUUGGGAUCUCAGCCUGGGGUCAGUUUGUGCAAAUAUGUCCACACUAUGGAACAUUAUCACUUGCUAAGUACUUUCAUUUAUUAACCUUUACAUAAAUGCAGAGGACACACACACAGAGCCAAGCUUUUUGUUUGUUGUUUGCUGGAGUAAAAUGUUAUGCUGUAUAAUAACAACGGUGUGUGUGAGGAUUCACUUUGGCAUGAUCUUAUUACAGUACAAUAAAUAGAAAAGCUGCUUGUGUCAGUGCUGACCAAACAUGUACUGUAUGUUGUUGUAAUUUGUCAUUCACAUUAAUUUAUUCUGUAUAAUCCAGAUUAUUUUUCCCUAAUUAAUGAUUUGAUUCUCUCGGUUUGUUCAAAUAAACUGACUUUAACCAACGUGAACACAA